GUCUCAGUGACCCGUUUGUGAUCAUUGAGCUGCUGCCGCGACACAUCUUCUCGUCCUGUGUGGAGCAGCAGACGGUCGUCCACAAACGCACGCUCAACCCCGUCUUCGACGAGUGCUUCGAAUAUUCUGUAACGCUGGAGCAGUGCCGGGCCGAGGGCGCCAUGAUCCUUUUCACCGUGAUGGACCACGACGUGCUCACCUUCAACGACUUCGCCGGCGAGGCGUACCUCUCCCUGAACCAGAUCCCUGGCGUCGACCGGGGCACGUCCAACGCGGACAACUUCCACGGCCUGAAGGAGAUCGAGCUGAACCUCAUGCACCAGCGAGACAGAGAGCACCCGAUCCUGAAGACUCUGGAGAGCCGCCUCGGUGACAAGGCUGCACAGGACUUCAUGAAGAAAUGUCGCGAACGCGUCACCAACUUCUAGGCCUAGCUGUACUGGAUACCUGGUCUUCUCUGCCGAGAACACAUAUUGUGAAACGAGUGGAUUUUCCGGGGUUUUUGACUGACGGACUGGUUUGUGGGAAGGUGAUCACACUCCCAGUUUGGCCGACCCUGGUUCAGCCGUGUGGGGACAGAAGAACAUAUUCGAUAUGUACGCACACGCACGGGCCGCCCAGUUUCCGCGGGAUGCUUUGAGUGUUCUUUGUCGCUCUUGCGUGGCAGCCGUCUCCCUGAACGAGUUAGCGGAACGGAUUAUUAUUGUCUUGAGCGAGGCCAGUGUGACGUGACGGUUCCCUGCCGUCACCCGCGACGGACAGCAUGACGCGUGUGACAUGACAGCUUUUCACGAGUGACCUGGCAGCGCAGCCCUUGCUGUCAGCUAUAUCUAUCAAAUGCUACACAUAUAUUUACAAUCUACAUAUUUACCCAAGGUCAGUGUGCGAACUGUGUCACUGGAUGGGACAUAUUUACCGUGUGUAAGAAGAGUUCAUUUGUGAGCUCGUCGGAUCUCACUGUGAGACACACCAGUGUGAGUUAGACGUGAGCGGGUGUGAGAAGGGCGUGAGAGCAGACGAUCUCAUUUACUGCACAGCGCGAGGGGCGCCCUAUAGCCGUGCGCAAAUCAAAACAAGAAAGCUGGCCUCUGCGGCGGCCCCGCCGCGGCUCCAUCGAAUGUAGGAUAGCGUGUCGUACGAUCGUGUAUUGGAGGUGUACCGCACUGCCUUGUCAUCGUCCGCGCUUCAGCUGCCGAUCCUCUCUAACUUCGUGAGAUAGACGGCGAAUAUAGGCAUGUUAUCAUUCCGAUAUAGCUAUUUAUUCACUUAGCGUGUUUUACGGUGCACAUACCUACACCUUUUCGUGUUGUACACAAGAACGCAGACUGAUCCUGUGAUUAGGAGGUUUUCUAUUUGAAAGAACGACGUAAAAAUUAUUUUGUUGUAAGUGCUUUCUUGCUUUGUUUUAUUUAUCGCUGUGAAAAAAUAAUUGUACUAUCAUGGUCGCCUAAUAUCGCAUCUUCAGCGAACCGAUCUUUUCCCACAUGAUUGUCUAGUCUCAAAUGCCAGUCCAUUUUUAUCCAGUGUCGGAUAUGGCUGAUGGGUGACCGACCCUUCUUCGCUGGUCGGGACGAUGGAACACCUUCCUUCCCUGGUUGCCAGUUGGGGAUAGCGAGGUGAUCGGCCGGACAGUGUAUUGGUCGGCCCUGGGCGUGUACUUUGGGUGUGUGCUGGGUGUGUACUCUCGCUGCUACUCUCUACUAACGCUGUAUCGACUAUCGUCUCUAUGUGAUCCCGUUUCUGCGGCUCAGGUGCAGUGUGCACUGUCACGACGACUGAAUGAAAGGGAUGCUCGGACCGGAACCAUGUCCUUUCACGCUCAUGUCUGCGUGUGCGUGUGCCGUUCGUGUACUUCAUCAUAACGCGCAACUUUUUUUCUUCGCUCUGCUGAAUGAAGUUGAAAGGCUCUC